UUGACAGCAUGCUGCAAAAGUGGGUGACAUUCGAAUUCGGUGUUUAUAUAUAUUCUACAUUUUGUUUUGGACAUAUAGGAGCUCGCCUUUGGUAAGUGUGCUGUCAUUGGCAAUGUUGCCUCGUGUUACCAUGGUUGAUAUGGGGAACAAUAAUCUACCUUCACUUCAUGUGGUUCGCAUUCCAUCUUGGGGCGUCUAUGAUUAUGACACGAGUUAUGCUGCCAAUCAAGAAUAUCAGCCCGAGGAUGCAGCUAAUAAUUUUAAAGAGUUGGCAAGAAGAAAUGGAAUAAAAGUGUCGCGUCCUCCUCAACAAGCGAACGAUACACAUGGCGCAAUUGCAAACCUGUCACCAGCAGCUACGGAGUUUGUCCCAAAAUACAGUGCCCCUGAAAAGUUAGCAAAAAAUGUUCAACCCAAAAUACUCCCAGUCUCCUGUUCUUCAACAAAGAACGACCAACCCACGACACUCCCAGUCCCUUCCGCUUUCACUGGCAAUCUUCAACCCACAGCACUCCCAGUCCCUUCCUCUUUGACUGGCAAUCUUCAACACACGACACUCCCAGUCCCUUCCUCUUUGACUAGCAAUCUUCAACCCACGACACCCCCAGUCUCUUCCUCAUUACCGUGCAAUCUUCAACCCACGACACCCCUAGUCUCUUUUUCUUCAACUGAUAACACUCAACCCACAACUAUCCUAGUCCCUUCCUCUUUAACUGACAAAGUUCAACCCGCGACCAUCCCAUCAGUCUCUUCGACUGACAACGUUCAACCCACAACUCCUCCCUUUUCAUCUCAUAACGUUCAACGUGCGACUCUCUCCGUACCUUCUUCGUCACAUGCGGAAGCUACUUCUCCAAUGAAUCAUGAAGAUAAAAAGUUACUUGGGAUGUUCGAAAAUGUUUUAAAAGAGAAGAAAGAGCAAUCCAAGAUAUUGCAAAAGUACAUUAAAGAUAUGGAAGAGAGUAAAACAACAAUCACCUUUUUGACCGCGACAAAAACGGCUUUAGAAAAGGAAUUUCAGAGACUUACCGAAGAGGUGGCAAAACUUAAUGAGAGAAAUUCAAUGCUUAGUGAUGAAGUGGAAGCUCUAACGGAGAGACUAAUGGAAUCGGAAGAAAUGAAAAAAAGGUUGAAAUCUCAGGUUGGAACGCUCACAAGUAAACUGCAACGAAGGGAAAAUGACCACGAAAGUGAAAGGACAUUAACAAGCUCAUUAGUUGACAAUCUUAAGCAAGCUGAAAUGGAGAAAGAAAGAGCAUUGAAUGCAGUUGAACUAUUAUCACACCAGUACGACAUUCUGUCGAAGAGCAAUGAAAUUGCUGAAUCCACAGCAAAACUUUUGGCCGAAGAAUUACAGCAAAGUAAACGAGAUAAGGACAGUGCUGAAUCUACAGCAAAACUACUGUCCGAAGAAUUACAGCAAAAUGAACGAGAUAAAGACAGACUUGAAGAGGAUAAGGCAAAUUUGUUAUCAAAACUGUUAAUGAAAGAUUUUGGAAGUGAGAAGGAAAGGAGGGAAUCAGAUGCACCCAGCGAUAAAAUUUCUUCACAGAAAAAUAUGUCCUUGCCAAGAAGGAUGGACAGUUUAGACGGCUUCAGUUCUUUUGAUGGCGGCGAAGAUCAAAAUUGGACAGUUGUUCAAAAGAAAACGAAAGGUUUAAAAUCUGGCGAUUCAGUGCAUCCCAACGACUCUCAAAACUUCAACAAGAAAAUGAAAGCAAAAAGAUCGCAAAGUUUCGACGCUGCAACGUUGGGUGUAAAGAAGUGUUUUUCUUGUGAUACAGGAUAUCCGAAUAACAACGUCACUCGAGAAAGCUCCGACAAUUGUGGGCCAGUUGCAUUUGAUUGUUUACGCAAUUACAACACGAUGCCUCUCACAAAAUUAGACGUCAGUUUCAUUUCUCAGGAACCUUUCUCCGUUCCGCAUGUCGAAAAUCCAACCAAACAGGUAGAACCAGUUGAGCAGGUUUCCAGCGGCGUUGAAUCUUUCCAGGGCCUCAAUGGCUCCACAACAGAAACAAUUGUAUCGCCAAAGUUUGAUACGUUUUUUGCUGGUGCUCUACCUGAAACACCAUUUGACGCUUUUAUUAAAUCCGUGCAAUCUAGCCUUAGCCUCGAACACCAGGUCCCAGGCACGGGGAGCUAUAUUCAGCCGAAUCCUCAAUUUGACAAAGCAAUUUUGCAGAUACAUUCCCAUCAUUCUGGAUCUUUGCCUGGUUUGAAAACCAAGGAUGACAGCAAAUCAAACGAGAAGCCGCAAGAAAAAGACAAGAAAAAACAAAAUCUAACGUCUUUUGACAUUUUAAUGAGUCAACUUGCGGAGACUUUUCCUUCAAAAACCAGGAACGAACUUAUCGUGCUACUGAAAUUGGCAAAGACUACUUUUGGUGAUCAAGGGUUUAGAAAAAAGAAGAUCGAGGAAAUUAUUAAACGAGUAGGGGAAAUAAUUGAACCUGAUAACGCGGAGGCAGAAACAGCCGCAAAGAUUUGCAGCAUUUGCCGCGAUAAGAUAGAAAAUGACGAGGCAAAGUUAGAAUGUGGACAUCGCUUCCACCGAAAGUGUGUAAAACAAUGGAUUCAAACUGAAAGAACAUGUCCCUUGUGUCGUUCCCACGCCCUUACCGAGGAUGAUUUUCCUACGUUGGCAUAACGAGGCAUUUAAUGAACAUAAAUCGCGUGGAUAAUGGGAUCUAGGUUACCGUAUGGCUAUUAUCCACAUUUAUUUACCCAAACCGAUGUUGACAACAGUCUG